AUUUGUCCCGAGACGUGCGAGAACAUCAAAUUAAACUUGAAUUGAAAUUCUUAGGUAAAUCCUUGAUAUCCGUUUCUAAUUAUGGGUCGUUUAGGGGGUCAGAUAGAUAUAUUAUAAAAAAAAAAAAAAUCUAAUAUUUCUCGUUUCAUUAACCACCACAGUUUUAUAAGUUCGUCAGAACACUAAAUAGAUGAUAGCGUUCGCAUGGAAGCAUAGCAACAUCGAUAAAACAUAUAAGUAGGCUUAUUGUAAUUAUUAAACGUUAUAUCACAUUUGAAAAGUAUACCACUAAAAUGUCUUAAGAUUGACAAUUCGGUGCCGAGACUGCGAGGAAAUUGUUGACAGAAAUCAAAGAAGUCAUUCAAUUCGCACACUGCUAGCCUGUUAGUAGCCUAAGCUAAUAACUUCCACAUUCAGACAAACGUCAUACUUGUCUCUCGGGUUAUUAGUAUGCGAAUUACCCGUGAUAAAAUUUACUCAAGCUCUGAGUGAAAUUCGUUUGGUGUUCGUCUGAAAGUUCCGUCACUGACAAUCAAUGCGACGGACAAAAUCACUCAAAUUGCGUCCGUAUUAUAUUUUAUUGCAGAAUGCAUUGUUGGAGAAUGUCUGGGUGAAUAUAUGAAUGUUGUGUCACUGGAAAGAAUCGUGUCUUUAUGGUCUUGCUCUCCUCUGUAAUCCCCCGAGCUCCUCCCCUCAGUGCGUGGAGAGCUUCAUUUGAUCAAAUCCUUCAAGUUGGAGCGCUUCGCUGAAUCACACUUUUCCACAACAUCUCAACUGUGGCUGCUUCACCGCGCUGCAACUUGUAUGAGGACUUGUUUCCAUCAAUAACUGACGCUAAAGAGAGGAAAAGGACACUGUAUCCUGUUGUUAUCAGCGAUGGAGAGAGGGAUCAGAUAUUGCCGGGUUAAUGUUAGUGCUUUCUGCACCCUGCUUUUGGUUUUGUUCGCUUCGGUUCCGGUGACCAAAACAGUGAUAACUUGCAGGUCAUGUCACCUGCUGGAUAAGUGGAGCGGUCGGGAAUUAUUGGUGAGGAUGGACAGUGGUGUCGACUCUGGUAAAGUUAGUGGAAAAAAUGGAGACGGGUCAACGGCGCUGUUUAAUUCGGCUGGUGCUGAAACUGCUCAGCCCGACUACGGCGCAACCGACAACGGCGAACACGCUCACUCUGUGCGUAAACGGAAUACAGACAGGCUUCGCUCAGAGAAAAUGCCACCCGAUGAUAAAUGGAAGUCGGUGCGCAGUAAUGGCAAAGUUUAUAAUCUAAAACGGGCAGGUUCACAUGGUUCAAGUUCAGCCCCUGGAGAUCCCCAUCACCGAGUGCGUAGAAGCACCAAGGGACCCGGCUCGUCCCCAGGUGCGCGCUCGCCGCCGGCUUUUGGCAACGGCACCGCGCGGGCUGCGCGCAGAGUCCCCCGCUCUGAGCUGAGGUGGAACAGGGAAGAGAGGAGAACGGCCACAUCACGACAGGAGGAGCUGAAACUUACCAGCUCUACCUUUGCACUGACAGGAGAUUCCGCUCACAACCAAGCUAUGGUGCACUGGUCCGGCCAAAACAGCAGCGUCAUCCUCAUGCUGACCAAACUGUACGACUUCAAUCUGGGCAGUGUCACAGAAAGCUCUUUAUGGAGGUCAACAGAUUAUGGAACCACUUAUGAGAAACUCAAUGAAAAGGUGGGAGUGAAGACCAUCCUCAGCUAUCUGUACGUCAGCCCCAACAACAAGCGCAAGAUCAUGUUGCUGACAGAUCCAGAGGUGGAGAGCAGUUUGCUCAUCAGCUCAGAUGAAGGCGCCACCUAUCAAAAAUACCGUCUCAACUUCUACAUCCUCAGCCUGUUGUUUCAUCCUGAGCAGGAGGACUGGAUCCUUGCUUAUGGCCACGACCAGAAGCUCUACAGCUCUGUUGAGUUUGGCCGUCGAUGGCAGCUCGUUCACGAGCGGGUGGCGCCCAAUCGAUUCUACUGGUCUAAACUGGGCCUUGAUAAAGAGCCGGGCCUGAUUCACCUUGAGACCAGCAUCUCAGAAACCCAGGCUUUGUAUGUCACAUGUAAACUUCAGAACUGCACAGAUGCCAACAAGGGCAAACCUUUUCCUGGAUACAUUGACCCCAACUCCCUGGUGGUCCAAGAUGAGUAUGUGUUUGUCCAGGUGUCAACCGGUGGUCGGCCAAUCUACUAUGUGUCAUCCAGGCGAGAUGUGUUUACACCCAUGAAGCUUCCCAAAUACACCCUUCCAAAGGAUCUGCAUGUGAUCAGUACAGAUGAGAACCGGGUCGUGGCAGCGGUUCAAGAGUGGAACCAGAAUGACACUUACAACCUGUAUGUGUCAGAGGCUGGAGGCAUUUACUACACACUGGCUUUGGAGAACGUCAUGAGCAGUAUGGGUCCAGAGGGAAAUGUCAUGAUAGAUUUAUAUGAGGUGGCAGGGAUAAAAGGCAUGUUUCUGGCCAAUAAGAAGCUAAAUAAUGAGGUGAAGACAUAUAUAACCUAUAACAAAGGCCGAGACUGGAGGCUCCUGCAGGCUCCCUCAGCUGAUCUCAGAGGGAACCGAAUCCAUUGCAUACUGCCGUACUGUUCGCUUCAUCUUCACCUGCACGUGUCAGCAAACCCGUACACAUCUGGAAAUAUAGCCAGCAGAGAGUCGGCUCCUGGAAUCAUAGUGGCGUCAGGUUCAAUUGGCGCAGAGUUAUCAAGCAGCAAUGUUAGCAUGUUCAUCACAUCCGACGCUGGAAACACGUGGCGGCAGAUAUUUGAUGAAGAGUACAGUGUUCUGUAUCUGGACCAAGGCGGAGCUUUAGUAGCUAUUAGACAUACCCCUCUUCCCAUCAGGCACCUCUGGUUGAGCUUUGAUGAGGGGAGAGUGUGGAACAAAUACAGUUUCACUUCAUCACCCCUGUUCGUGGACGGGGUCUUGGGCGAACCAGGCGAGGAGACGCUCAUUAUGACGAUCUUUGGUCAUGUCAGUCACCGCUCAGAAUGGCAGCUGGUAAAGAUAGACUUCAGGUCUAUCUUUAACAGAAGAUGCAUAGAGUCUGACUAUGUGCCGUGGGACUUACAUGACCAGGGUGAACGCUGCCUCAUGGGAGUCAAAAGAGUAUAUCGAAAGCUAAAGGCCAUAGCAAGAUGUGUUAUGGGUAAAACCUACUCUGUCACGAUGCUUUCCGAGCCGUGUGACUGCACCGAGUCGGACUUUGAAUGUGAUUAUGGUUUCGAGAGAAGGACUGAUGGGAAAUGUACUCCAGCAUUCUGGUUCCCCCCCUCCUCCAUGUCCCGGACCUGUACAACAGAACACACAUUCCUCAACAGCACUGGGUACAGAAAGGUGGUGUCUAACAACUGCACCGGUGGGGUGAUGGAGCAGUACACGGCUCGUAGGCAGCUGUGCCCUAGCCAGGCCCCUCGCGGCCUCCACUUAGUGACCAGCGAAGGGAAGCUAACGGCAUCUCUGGCCAACAACGUCACCUUUCUCGUGUUCCUUGAGGAGGGUGAUGGAUCGAAAACCAGCAUCACAGUGGAUUUCGGCGACGGAAACGCCUUCACCUACUCCAACGUGAGCUCUAUCGAAGAUGGCAUUAAACACAUCUACAAGAACGUGGGAAUCUACCGAGUGUCAGCCACGGCGGAGAACAGUCUGGGCUCUGAAACUGUGCUCCUCUUCCUACACAUUACAUGUCAGCUGGAGUCUGUUCAUCUCUCCGCCCCUUUUGUCGCUGUGAAAAACAAAGAAGUCAAUCUCACAGUGGUUCUCUGGCCAAGCCAAGUGGGAACAGUCACCUAUAUCUGGUGGUUUGGGAACAAUUCAGAGCCCGUGAUCACGCUGGAGGGGAGUGUGGCGUUCACGUUCUCUCGAGAGGGAAUCAGCAUUGUCACUGUACAGGUGUCCGCUGGGAAUAACAUCCUGCAAGACAGGAAAACCAUCGCUGUUCAUGAAUACUUCAGAUCUCAUCUUCUUGCAUUUUCAUCAAAUCUGGAUGAUCACAACCCUGAUGUGGCCGAAUGGAGACUUGAUGUGAGUCGAGUCAUUAAAGCCUCUAUGGUGCAGGCGACGGGAGUGAAUCCUGAACAGCUGUUGGUCACUGUGUUGCCUGGACUGCCAACAGCAGCAGAGUUCUUCCUGUUACCAGACAAACAGCUAACAGAGGGGAAGCCAGACAAAACAGCUACUCAUUUAGACCAGCUCUCAGAACUGGUGCUCAGUGCUCUGAAUCAGAAUCUCGUUCAGUUCACACUCAGACCAGGAGUCCAGGUCACAGUAUACGCUGCCCAUUUAUCAGCAGCGCCUCUAGUGGACACAAGUGAGAAUCACAGCAGCUCAGCUAUGCUUAUGCUCCUCUCUGUGGUGGUGGUUGGUUUAGCAGUGUUCCUCAUCUAUAAAUUCAAAAGGAAGAUCCCAGGCCUCCACAUCUAUGCAGCGAUGCAGGACGAAAAAGAGCAAGAAAUGAUCCAGAGUCCAGUUUCACCCACUGACAGCACACCCAGCUGCAGCUCUCAGAGAGAGCUGCUCACACCACUGGAACCUCUGGACACAGAGCCCAACACCCAGACCAUCGAAUGCAUCAAACCUCAUCCACGUGUCAAAUUCUCAUCAGAUCUUCCUACAUACAUCGACGUUUGAACUCUAGACUCCGCCAUGUCAAGGACUUUGGUCAUGCGGACACAAAGGUUUCAAGCUUUAUUCAGUACUUGUGCAUGUUGGACAUUAACUUUACUGUGCUCUGUGAAUACUAGAACAAACUUUGUACAGCUUUUUUAUAUGUCUGUGUAUUCAAAUAAAUCAAUACAUUUUUUUGAUGCGGUUGAUUUAUAAAGAUGUCAGUGUGUAUAAAGUUGGAGGGAAAGGCCUGCAUGAAGAGUGGAAAGAAGCAGAAAAUUAUUCUUGGUUAACUGUCUGUUUAUUUUUAUUGUUAACAGUGGCAGUACAGUAUUCAUGAGAGUAAAACAUGGAUGUGUGACAUUUUGGAAAUGUUUUAAUAAUAAACUGUAAAAAUUAUUAAUUAUAACUGUAAAAUAAAACAUUUCCUGGGUUUCAUUUUGUAAAACUA